AUGUCCAGCUUGGGGGAAGCUAAAGAUGUUGACUUACCCAUCGAAGACGAAGUGAGCGCGAGGCGUGGCUAUACGGCUGCUCUUAGCAAUCCUAAGGUAUCGAAGAAGGACAAGCGCAAUGCAUUAGACCUUCUCAAUGAUGAGAUUGGCGGAGAUGCACCUCGACAUUACCUUGACGAGGGUCCGGAUCGGAGUAAAGACCCGAGUGAUCUAGCUGGUGUGGAAAGCGCUGAACGCGAAUCAUACUACACCCCUCAAGGCGAAAAAUGA